GGGGGGGGGGGGGGUUACCUGGCGCGGUUAGACGGCCGCGGCGGCAGAGCCGAGGCGCGGUAGGGACGGCGGAGCGGCCUCCUCCCGCUCCUCCCGUUCACGGCGAACCGAGCCGGAGCCGCGUUGGCGGCGGCCGGGCCAUGGUGCGUCGCGCCCGGCUGGCGCUGGUGGCGGCGGCGGCGCUGGUGGCGUUGGGAGCGCCGGUGGGUCAGGGCGCGAGGGCCCUGGAGUGGUACACGGCGUGGGUGAGCACGGCCUACGUGGAGCCGCUCAGCAACCGCACGGUGCGGGGUAACACGGAGAGCGGCCGUUACGGCGACAGCUCGCCCAAGGAGAGCGCCCAGGGCCUGGUGGGCAUCCCCCGCGGCGCCUCGCCCCGCCACAUGGAAGGCUGCGCCGCCGACACCGACUACGACGUGCCGCUGCCCCCCGGCGGCCGCGGGACCCCCGAGGGCGACCCGCCGCCCUGGAUCGCUUUGGUGGCCCGCGGCGGUUGCACCUUCAAGGACAAGGUCACCAACGCGGCGCGGAAGCGGGCGGCCGCCGUGGUCAUCUACAACGAGGCCCGCUUCGGGAACAGCACCGUCUCCAUGUCCCACCUGGGAACAGGAAAUACAGUGGUGAUAAUGGUUGGCUAUCCAAAAGGGAUAGAGAUACUGGAACCAGUACGAAGAGGGAUUCCAGUAAAAAUGACUAUUAUUGUUGGGACACGACAUGUGCAGGAAUAUAUUAGUGGCCAGUCGGUUGUGUUUGUAGCCAUCGCCUUCAUCACCAUGAUGAUUAUAUCACUCGCUUGGCUCAUAUUUUACUAUAUACAACGUUUCCUGUAUACAGGAUCACAGUUUGGAAACCAGGGACAUAGGAAAGAAACCAAGAAAGCAAUCAGCCAGCUUCAGCUGCAUACUGUGAAACGUGGAGAAAAGGGUUUAGAUGUUGAUGUGGAAAACUGUGCUGUAUGCAUUGAGAACUAUAAACUGAAAGACACUGUCCGAAUUCUGCCAUGCAAGCACAUCUUCCAUAGAACGUGCAUUGACCCGUGGCUUUUGGACCACCGAACUUGUCCAAUGUGUAAACUAGAUGUUAUCAAAGCUUUGGGAUACUGGCACCAGAAAAGAGAGAUGAAGACACAUGCGGGGGACCCUGAAGAUGUCCUUGAAGUUCAAAUACCUGAAUCAAUAAGUGGCAGUGUUUCAGUCGGAAGUCUGAGUAUUGCUUUACAAGAUGAUGACAGAAAUGAAGUAAGCGAAUUGUCAGCUUCCUCCACUAAUGAAUCUGUACUGCAGUGUACCAGUUUAAAAGAGGACGCAGGUGAAACCACAGCAUUACUUGAUGUGGAUGUCAGUAAUAACCGACAUGGAGAACAUCUAUCUAAUGGAAAUUCCCAUUGAACUGCUUCAUGGAAGAUACCUUGAAUAGACUGUUGAAGAACUAUUAUUUUUUAUUUAAUUAGUAUGGACUUUUGUCUAGUUAAUGGGAAAAAAUAACAAUGUAAAUUAUUUUACCUUUCAAACUUUUCUAGCUGGUGUUCCAAAAGGGCUAAUAACUAAGAAUUUUGUACACAGGAGGAUUUUAUAAAAUCUCCUCUGGAUGUCUCAUCCUAAAAAAAAAAAAAAAAAAAAAAAAAAAAAAAAUGCAAUAACCCUUUUUCUGUAAGCAUUGUUACAAUGUCAUUGUGUUCCAGAGGGCUGUAACAAAGAUGAAGACUAGGCAGUGAAAACAAUGUAGAAUGUCUAAUGGAUAAAUAUUUUGGAUGCACUAUUUACAUUCAGUAUGUACACAUGGAGAACACUUACAAGACUACAACUCUUAAAAUGUUCUGAAAGUUCUGAUCUGUUGUAAUUGGAGGUGGAUAUUCUUAGGAAAGAAAUAAUCUAAUGUUGAAGGAAUCAACUUCACGGAUAUGUUGCAUAUCCUUGUUUGUGAUGAAAAAAUUGCUAGUUGCAACUUUCCUUACGUGUAACAAAUACUAAUUUGAUCUUGUAAUGUGUUCUACUCAGAGUGGAUGCUGAGAGAAAAGGAGACUUUCUCCAUCUUGCUAGCUUUUUAUACUGAAUUUGGCAGUAACAGGUUGUGCUAGGUGGUCUUCACGUGCUGAGCAUGUAGACUUAUUUAGGUAUAUGCACACUGGUUACCUCUUUCAAUCUUAAACUCAGUAGAACAGAGGUAAAGGGCUAAUUAUGGCUAAAAUGUAUUUAUUAGUCUAUUUAUAAGAAUUUACUUAAUUCCUUCUUACUCCUGUUCCCAUCCAGUCCCACUUCAUUAUGUACAAAUUGAAACUGUUUCUUAGGAUCUACAAAGUUUGGGUUUGUUUUGGUUUUUCUUUUUUUUUUUUUUCCUUUUCCUUUGUAUAAAGAUGCUGGAAUUCUUCUCUUGGAUAUUCCACAUUAGGAGUUUUGACUGGGUUUGCCGUUAGCUUUUAUUCCUUUCUUUUAGAUUAGCAGUAUUGUGCCUUAUAGUAAAACACUUAAGAAACCUGAAGCAUCUGAGAGUAAAUAUAAACCCUGGCAUCUCCUAUUAUGACCUCUUAUUCAAAUAUUUAUGUACUGUAAGUGGUAUAAGGAAUUGCUAAACUGUUUUGUAAAGAAAUGUGUAUAUUUAAAACACUACUUACUAAGAGUGUUAAGUGAAUUGUUUAGGAUUUUAGCAUUGUCAUGUUAUAAAUAAUAUGCUACAUUCCUCAAUUUUCUUUUGUAAAGCUGUUACUCCAGGUUGUUUAAAACAGUGUCUUUCACUAGACAUUUGUUUUAGAGUGCAUUUUGUUUUUAAAAUGUAUAUUUGGGAUGUUUUUAAGAAAAUAUGCAAUUCUUUUUCUAACUUAUAUUGAGCUUCAAUAGAAGCAAUAACUUUUUUUAAUUUUAGAAUGAAUGUUCCAGAAAUGACAGAGGUUUCAGCUGGGGAAAUAUAAUCUGAACUUCUACUUUGCAGAGCAGAUGUUUCACCCUAAAUUUCCUUCAAAAAAUUCCUAUUAAUGCCUACUUAAAAAAAAUCUGCCUCUUCCCUGUAGGAGUGUAACUUUUAGGUUUACUGGAAAAUUGUCAGGUUGUAGUUCUGAUGUCACCAGCAGGUGCAAGUUUUUGUGAUGCCUUUAUCUUACAAGAAGCACAUGAGAAUGGAAUAUGACUGACCAACCAUCUCCAAAACUGAACAAAUAAAAAAACCAACCCACAACUAAACCAAACAAUGUAUAGGGACAUUUAUGUCUCCAAAAGAAGCUUAUCAACAUUUCCAGAACUGCCUUUUUAACUGUCUCUUCAAUAUUAAAAACUAAGUCUUCUCCCUCUUCCUUAACACAAAACUGAACAUUGAUGUAGUAAAUGUUGAGAGGGUUUAAACUCUAGCUCAAGGAGGAACCAAAAGGCGUUAUCAAGAGAAGUCUUGUCAGUCUGUGGAUUGUGUCUUGCUGAUACCUGCAGCGCAAUAUUCAUGCUGGAGAGGAGAAAUGUGCACUUGGCACUGAAUGCAGUUUUUCUGUGCUGGACGAAGAUACUGAGAUCAAUAAGAACAUACUGACUCUGCAGCUCUACAAAGAGAGGUGGAACUGAAAUCUAGUAGAGGAGUCAGCUGGCAAUAUCUCAUCGGGUUAACCUGGAGGGAGCGGAGUUCUUGGUGUUGGCUGCUGAGUGAAUGAAAUUUUGUUGGCAGCUUCACAAGAGACCUUUCUCUUCUGUAUGUCUCCCUGCAGCCACCAGGCUGGGUGAGACUUUGCACAAUGGCUUGGACUGAUUUAAUAGCUUGCUGUUACAAGAAGAGAGUGGUCCUUUCUGGUUUUCCUUUUCUGCUCUAUUUACUUUGCUCUGCCUCCCAUUCAGAUUAAGAGUAUGUGAUGAACUAGUUCAGCUUAAGUGGCAGAAAAUUAAAUCUAUCAAAGUUGUAUUUUAACAAGCCAGGAAGCUGAAUAUCCUUACUGUGCAAUUAACUGAGUUUGAGCUGGGCUAAGGGGAUGAGGAGUUGGGGUGGAAGAGGAAAGAGCAAGACUCUCCCCUUGAUGCAGUUUUAAAAUAGUGCAAUGGUGAAUUACAAUUCCUGAAAUGGAAGAUGGCAGCAGCAUAUUUUUAUUUUUAACCAGAAUGGCUGUAAAAAUUGUAACAUGUCUUCUCUCCUUGAGACUGAUCUUUACUAGAUGUGUUCUUUUCUCUCAUAGGUGAUGUGUGAAGAUUUGGUAAUUGGAAUUGUAGAUUAAACAUGCACAAAUCAAGCUGAAGGCUUUUGGUUUUGUUCAGUAUGGGUCCUGAUCUCUCUCCUCAGAUAUCCUGCUGUAUUGCAAAACUUAAUUUGAGAAGUUUUAAAAGUAGAAUGUCUCUAUAAUUGCAUGUGUUUUGUGUGAAGAAUGCAUUGCCUGGAAACUGUCCAUUGUACUUCCAUUGGAUCUGAAGCUACUUUUCACCAUCUGAAACAUGGUAAUGAUACUGCAUUUUUAAAUGAGCAUAUCCUUCUUAAUUCAGAAGAGCAAAAUAAUUUGAGUUCCCAUCAUUUUGUUAGUCUGAAGCUUAAGUCCAAAACUUUGAAGCCAGUUACUUCUACUAUAAAAAUAACUGCAGAGAACCAUUUGAACUUGCCAGUCUGUCAGCAGCUAUUCACAAUUGACUGUCUUUUAUGGUAACCUUGUACUAACUUGGUUGCAUUGUUUGGAUUAAGCACUGGGCUAUGUCUUUUCCAUUGUGUAUGUACAACUGUAAGAAUGUCAAGUUAUGCAUUGUUGUUGUAACUUAAUGGCUAAAAGCUCAAAUUCCAUAAUAAAUUAUAUAGACCUUUUAAAAAGCAA